AUGUUGUGUUCUUGUGGUGAACAGUCACGUGACUCAGGACCAAUUGUUGACCUUGAAAAAACUAUUCAAGACUAUGCAUGGCGGGAACUAAAGCGUGACGCCCGGUGGUAUCAGGGGCCGCUACUGCGCAGGUCAUGUUAUGACAUCGAGGUUCCGUGGAAUUUUUACGAGUUUGAACACCAGACAGUCAGAUUUGCACCCAGACACAAUCGUCACACUGUGGGAGACGGCUUUCGGGAACGCAAACACGUGGAAUUGUUUUCAACAGAUUACAAAAACAAUACGGGAAAAGAUCAGAUUUAUAAUCUAAAAACACAACGACAAACUAAAGCGUUGACAAACGUGACUUUCCAGAGAGGUUUCAAUAUUAAAGGCAAGGCUAAUUUUAAACUGAAAAUUCCGGAAAGGUACGGACAUUGUGGGGUAACGGCCAGUGCUGAUGGUCAUCUUAGAGUGACGAAGUGUCGAGGGGAAACACUGGAUGAAAUGUUCACGUGGCAAGUCGACAGUGACAUCACAGUUGAUCCCUAUCACGUGACUAAAGUUACACUAGUUGUAACUGAAGACGAGUUUAUUGCAGAUUUUGAAGUACGAACAACGAUGAAGUUGACAACCGGCGAGGCCCCCAUAAUACUGAAACGCAAAAGGGACAACCACAUACAUGCCGUUCUUCUGAUAUCAGAUCUAGGGGAAAUUUUCGGUGAUUUAGGAUGUCCCGUUAUUAACGUUUUAAAGGGAGACGAAGGCGACAAGCAGAGUUGCGCCAUUGAAAUUAUAACAACGGGGGUAUUAGAAAGUCUGAGAUGGAGGGACCAACGAAUCAGUAUUGAAUCUCGCCCGAUAGGCCCUUCGGAAUCUGAACCAUACGACAACCAUUAUGACGUACCAAUGUAUUCCAAGGAUAUCUAUUCUCGCGUCAUUAAGCACGCGACGCAGGAUGAUGACCUACCGGUUCUUGAUCGCGACAAGAUCAAUGACAGUACUGUAGGGGUUAAAACGGAAACAAGGGACCUCCGAUUCAAGAUUAUUCCAAAGAUUGUGACUGAGAGCCCUGAUGAAGUUUUCACUAAAGAUGGCGAGUCAGCGCGGUCAGAAACGCUUACAAGCCCAGUUUACCCAACAGUGCGCAUCGCAGACAAAGUUGAACCUGGUGAUCACGCUGACAGGGCGAACAAAGUGGACCAUCCUUCGAGUCGAGAAAGGGUGCUUGAGAGGUCCGAGAAGGUACAGGAGAGAGACAACAGUAGAGAAUUUGAGUAUGUGAGAAGGCCAUUUGAGAUCCCUCCGCCAAAACGACCAGAUCCAGUGCCACCUUACAAGCUGACAUUUGAGAAACCGCUGAAAGUUAUCCGAGAACUAAGUCUAGAGGAUAAAAAAUCACAGGCAGAUGACGACUCGGACAAGCUAGGAACGCCCGAUUCAUCCGACUCUCAGAAAUUCUCAAAGGAGAUGCAACAACCGUGUGGUCGGGCUUGGGACGUGAGUGUCUAA